AUGUCAGCUGUCCGAGUCAUCUCGACCAGUACGAUCCAAGCUCCGAGUCAGGCUGACGUUGACUCAACUCAGUUUCAGAAAAUCCAUUUAACUCCAUGGGAUCUCGAAUCCCUCAACCUUCGGAUGAACCAAAAAGGGCUUCUUUUUCACAACCCCAUCAACGCAGAAGACACACAAAUCCAAAUCCAAAUCAAGAACCUCGAACGCUCACUUUCCUCCACUCUUGCAUUCUUUCCACCCUUCGCAGGUUGUCUCAUCAUUACAGAACACAAAGACAACACUGCAUCCGCUUUCAUCGCGUGCAACAACGUCGGUGUACUGUUUGUCCAUGCCGUAGCAGAGAACACUAGUGUUGCUGACAUCCUUAAACCCAACUACGUUCCUCCAAUUGUUCACUCCUUCUUUCCACUUAACGGAGUUAAAAACAAAGAAGGCACAUCGCAGCCGUUGCUAGCAGUGCAAGUCACCAACCUAGUUGACGGCAUCUUCAUUGGCUGCACAAUCAACCACGUGGCUGCUGACGGCAAGUCGUUUUGGCAUUUCAUCAAUUCAUGGGCUGAAAUCUCACGUGGUUUCGAUAAAAUAACCAAACUCCCAUUACUUGAACAUUGGUUUCUCGAUGGCAUUAACCCUCCAAUACGCUUUCCUUUCACAAAGAAAGAGACUCAACACUCCGAAAACCCCAACCCACAUCCGAAACCACUACCUGUUCGGAUCUUCCAUUUCACGAAGGAAAAAAUAUCGCAACUCAAAUCAAAAGCUAAUGCAGAGGCCACCGCUCAAAAAAUAUCUUCUCUCCAAGCGCUUUUAACUCACCUUUGGUGCUGUGUGAUUCCUUGCAAGCGAGUUGACCCACAAGAAGAGAUUUGUUACUUGUUAGCAAUAGAUGUUCGGAGGAGAUUGGUUCCACCGUUGCCAGAGAAUUAUUUUGGAAACGCAUUGCAGGUUGGUGUUGUGACUAUGAAAGCAGGGGAACUACUUGAAGGUGGGUUUUGCAAAGGUGCUUGGGAGAUGAACAAGAUGAUAGCUUUGCAAUCUGAUGAGAAGGUGAAGAGUCACUAUGAGUCUAUGGCGAGAACCCCAAUCCUGCUUCAACCGGAUCGGUUGUCUAAUAGAUUCGCCUUGGCCACGGGAAGUUCCCCAAGGUUCGAUGUUUAUGGUAACGACUUUGGUUGGGGAAAACCUGUGGCAGUGAGAAGUGGCGGUUCAACUAAUAUUAAUGGAAUGGUUACCAUGUUUGCUGGGGCAGAAGAAGGUAGCGUUGACCUUGAAGUGUGCCUUCCUUAUGAGAUUUUGGAGUCCAUGGGAGAUGACCCUGACUUCAUCAACGGCAUUUCCAACUAA